UCGGCCAUUUCCGAUUACGUUCGGUUUACUUCGAUCGCCGCUUCUUAUUACAUCGUUCUACGGUUUACGUGCGUGUCGCGUUUUGUGAUUUUCUCUUUCUCCUCAGCUUCUUCCCUAUUUUCAUUUCGAUCGCUGUGCAUAUAUAUUCCCUAUAGCUGUUUCGCAAUGACGCCACCCAUGGAGAGAAUACAGAUCCUGGAAACGAUCGAAAAGGAAAUUAUAGUGUGUUUACAGAGUGCAGGACAAGCUUUCGUGGAGCUUAGUAAAGAGAAAUCCAGCUUGAAACAGGCCGAAGUACAAACCCAACAAUUUUUAAAAACAUUAGGACUCGUCGAAUCGAAAUUGAGCGAACAAAUAAACUACCUCACUCAAGUUUCUACAGGGCAACCACACGAAGGCUCUGGAUAUGCCAGUCAAAAAGUGCUUCAAAUGGCAUGGCAUAGGUUAGAACACGCACGGAGCAGAGUAAACGAAUUGGAACGUAUUAAAAAUAAACCAAGAUGAACGCAUCGACGAAUGCUUUUGUCGGUUGAUAAUUAUUUCGACGUAUCGUAAUCGUAAUUCUGAUACUUUAAUCAGCCGUCACGAUUUCAACAUCUUACGAUUGCGAUCGCGCGUCCAUCUAUUAUUUUUCGUUUCCCUUUCUGUAAAUGACACAACCGCCAAACUGCCUACC